GGGUUACCUUGUGGAAUGCAGCAGGUGAGUUUGCGGUGGGCGGGGCUUAGAUGAGCCGACAGAAACCAGUGAUCGACCUUUGAGACCCGCAGGCAGCGGAGCUCCCAGUAUGGCCACAGACUUCACUCUGGACUCGGUCCUGGUUUUCCUGCAGAGCUGCGGCGGCUCGGUGAGGAACUCGGACCUGCUGCUCCACUUCAGGCCUUUCCUGCGGGAACAUCCGGAUCACGUCCGGAACCGAGAACUCUUCAAAAAGUUCGUCAACUCCGUGGCGACAGUGACUAAGAUCGACGGAGUGUCCAAUGUGGUCCUCAGGAAGAAGUACAGAGGACAUGUCCCCGGAGAAGGAGCCCUGACAGAAGGAGCGGACCUCCUCCCGGUCGGAGCCACCGGGAGGAGGUCCGCCCUGCCGGCGGCAGGCAUCAUGGAGGCGGACCAGGACCAGCUGGAGAACAGGUCCAACAUGAAGCUGAGGGACGAUCUGAGUCCUGGAUCUGCAGCUGGGUCCGUCCAGGUAGGACACCAGGUCCCAGCCUCCGCCCUUGACAGACUGGUCUCUGUCCCUGCUGCUGCUGGUCCAACUGGGAGACAUCAGGACUACAACCCUGGACCAGUCAGUGGACAGGAGAUCCCAGAAAGAGAGGAUGUUCCAGAACCAAUAAAAAGACAAGUUACCCAUCAGGACCCGGUUCCAGAUCCGAUCAGGGGACAGCAGGUCCAUUAUCAGGACCCGGUUCCAGAACCGAUCAGGGAACAGCAGGUCCAUUAUCAGGACCCGAAUCCAGAACCCGUCAGAAAACCCCAGGUCCCCCAGAAUCCAGAACCCGUCAGAAAACACCAGGUCCCUCAGAUUCCAGAACCCGUAAGAGAACAUCAGGUCCCUCAGAAUCCUGAACCUGUUGGACAGCAGGUCACUUCGACAGACCCUGACCUGAAACCAGUUGGUCAAAAGGAGGAUCAGCCUCCUCUGCCCCAUACGACUCGGACCCGCCGCUUCAGACACCGCCCGAGCUACAAAACCGCCAUCUCUCAAGAUGAAGAUUACGAGGAGGAAGACGAGGAGGAGGCCCCAACUCGACGGGCCUCAGCAGGAGGACCUUGGCCUCUGAGCGGCCCGCUUGGGGAUGCGGGGAGGGCCCUUUCUGCCUCCUCACCCUGCAUCACUGAGGUCCCUACUCCCCCCACCUCCUCUUCAGGGAGGAAGGUUCCUCAGAUUUACAUCCAGGACUCAGAGAUCUUGGCCCCUCAGGCCCCCUCAGAGGUCCGGCCCAGACUGGAACCAGGACCUGUGGAGUCUAUGAGACGCAGUCUGCCCUCAGACGUAGAGGGCCACUUUCAAGCGUUGCAGUCUGAACACCAUCCUGCCAAGCAUCCUGCUCGGGUCUCAGAACCAGGGCCCGGUCUGAGCCGGACCCCGCCGUACUCCAGCGUCUCCAACCCUCCUUCUGACGGGAGGUCGUCCCUCGGCGACUGCUCUCCAUCUUGGACCAGCAGCUCUAGAGGAGAUGGACCUGCAGCGGUGUGGAAAUCCCAGGAGGUCCUUCAGGAGUCCAGCGGGACAAAGCCGGACGGUCUGGCUCCUCGUAUUUAUGGGAGGACACCGCUCCAUCAGUCUAUGGGCAAUCUCUACGAUGAACAGCCACCUUUGGGAGAGCUGUCACAGCUGUACCACUCCACCGACCAUCUCCAUGACCACCGUUUCCAUGACGACCGGCAGUUCCCACUCAGAGGGAAGCCCGUCCACCUGUCCUCAGCUGAUCUGUAUGACGAUGCAGAGUCCAGCGAAGGCUCCAUCAACUCCCCACAUGUGAAGCUCCGCCCAUCCGCGGCUCGGCAGAUGAGCAGCCGGCUCAGGAACCGCAAUUGUCAGAGCUUGGGAACCGACCUGGACCAUCUCCACCUGGAGAAACCCUGCUCAGAGAUCGAGGCCGCCAGACUGCAGCGCCUGCAGCGGAUCUCCUCGUCGCUGAGCCUUCCCCACCACCUGUCAUCCUCGUCGCUGUCGUCCUGCGCUACGCCGCCUCGCUGUCCCAGCCCUGUGGCCAAGAUGGAGGUAGAGGGGAGGAAGGAAGUCAAGAGGAACCUUCACUAUGCUGGAGAGUCGCCGCUUCCUCUGGAUGCCAACGAGCACGCCUGGAUGGUGAAGGGCGCGGCGGGCGCCUGGCCCGACAUCUACACGCUGUUCAGAGACGACGCCUCGCUGCUCAACAAGCAGGACUUCAUCUCCGGCUUCACCGUGCUGCACUGGAUCGCCAAACAUGGCGACCACCGAGUCCUCAACACCCUGUGGUACGGAGUGGAGCAGAAAGGCCUGACCUUCGACAUCGACGCCAAGUCCAUGGGCGGUCAGACCCCGCUCCACAUCGCCGCCAUCCACGGCCACAAGAACAUUAUCCGCUUACUGGUGAAGAAGUUCGGCGCCAACGUGAAGCUGAGGGACAUGGCGGGGAAGAAGCCCUGGCAGUACCUGAGCGACAGAUCGCCGGACAUCCUGCAGCUGCUCGGGGCGCCGCCUAAAGCCGCGCUGGUCGAGGAGGCGGGGAGCAGCGAGCCCGAGUGGAAGCCGCCAAAGCAGCGCCGGCGCCAUCACCUGUCGUCGGCCUCCUCGGCUCAGAGGCCGCGGACGGUGGCCCAGAUGGUGAAAGUCUCCAGAUCAUCGUCCAUCGCCGCUUUACUCAAACAUAAAUCUCAUCGGUUUUAGAUCCCAGCUGGAUCUGAUCGGCCUCCGCGGGUCUGGAUCUGAUCGGCCUCCGCAGGUCUGGAUCUGAUCGGCCUCCGCGGGUCUGAUCUGAACACUUUGAUUCUUAUUUGAGUUUUUCAGCUCAAAAAUUGAGGCUGAAGCAGCGAUUCUUUCAUCAGAACAUUAUUCAGAUUGUUAGAGAGGAAACGGGAUGAUAAAGGAUCUGAAAAAACACUGUUCAAACGGUGCA